UUACAAUUUUUUUUCUUUUUAAAAUCUAAAAUUUGCAAAUUAGGUACUUGAAAAAUACCAAACAAUUUGACGAACUGUAGUCAAAAUGCCGCGUGAAAGAAGUAGAUACAGAGAGAGGAGGAGUUCAUCUAGUUCAGAUUCUUCAUACGAUAGAAAGAUGUCUAAAAGUAAACACAAAAGGCGCUCACAUUCAAGAGACCGUUCCGAAUCGAAAAGCCGUAAGAGCAAAUCGUCCAAACAUAAGCGAAGAAGUUACUCUAGAAGCUUAUCUAGAGAGAAAUAUGAGUCUAGUAAAUCAAGGCGAAGAUCAUCAUCGAAGUCGCGGUCUAAAACGUCGAAACAUUCACGAGAUAGAUCACGCUCUAGAUCCAGUUCAAGAAGCUACUCUAAGCGCAGUAAGAGUAGUAAAAAACAUCGCAGAAGGUCCAGCUCUUCAGACAGUCGUUCAAAUUCUUUUGACAUUGAACCAAGAAAUGCACAUCUAGAUGACACAGAGAGUAAGGUAGAAAAGGCCAUCAAAGCUGCAGCUGCCGCAGGGCUGACAAUGACAAAAAUACCAACAUAUGAAUACAAUGAUGUUGAAAUAAAAGAAGACAUGCCUACAAUACAUGAUAGAAACCUUUUGGAUGAGUUGAACAGUGACACAUUUGUACAGAAGUCUUUUACAUCAUCUAAAUCAAAGAAACAGUCUCAAAACAUUGUGAUUGACCUCAAUGCUGAGACCGUCAAAGUUCCUGAAGCUGAGGCUAAAAAUAAAACUGAGGAUUCUAUUAUCGAUUUUGAUGAAAUACCAAGCCAGGAAGAACUUAAGGAGAUGUGGGUCAAGAAACUGUAUCAAUAUAGGAAGAAGAUGUUGAAAGAAGAUCUAUAAAAUAUCAUAUCAGUGGAAUAAAUACACCAACACAAA